UUGAAAAAAUAAUAUUCUUUUCAAAAUGUCUGCGACUAGAUGUACUCUGCAAAUCAUGUUUUUGAUUUUGUCCUUCAAGUGCAUCCUUUCAAAAGAUCCUGAUCUGAGGAAUAAUAUUAUGGAGAUGAUUGCUUACAAAGGGUACCCAGCGGAAGAACACUUCGUCAGGACUACAGACGGCUUCAUCCUAGGCCUUCAUCGAAUUAACAAGAUGGUAGACUGUUCACAAAGGGAAGACAAGAACUGUAAUGCCAACAAACCUGCCGUCUUGCUAUUGCAUGGUCUGUUGGAGUCGUCUACAUCUUGGGUUCUCAACCAGCCACAUCAAAGUUUAGGUUACAUACUGGCCGAUGCUGGUUACGACGUUUGGAUGGGUAACGUGAGAGGGAAUACCUACUCCAGACAGCACGUAGACUACUCACCAAGGGAUGAUAAAUUCUGGAAUUGGAGUUGGGACCAAAUGGCGGAGUAUGACUUCCCAGCAAUGGUUAACCACAUUCACAACAGAACCAAACAACCGAUAAACUUUAUCGGAUUUUCCCAAGGGAGCCUCAUAGCUUUCUCUUCUUUCUCAAGAAAUCAGGAUAUCUCAAAUAAGGUGAAAAAGUUCAUAGCACUUGGACCUGUGGCCACAGUUAAGCACGUCAGCGGUUUUUUCAAGUACCUCGCUAAGUUUUCCAUAGUUCCUGAGACAUUAUUCAAGCUCAUGGGAGUGCAAGAAUUUCUUCCCUCUAGCUUUUUCGUGGAUUUAGUGGCCAAGACAGUCUGCAGGGUGUUUCUACUGAAGCAGAUGUGCGCCAUUCCCAUCCUCAUUGGAGGUCUCAACAGAUACAACUUGAACGAAACUCGACUGCCCGUCUACAUCACCCACUCACCUGCUGGCACUUCGGUCAAGAACUUGGUCCAUUUUGCUCAGAUGUACAAAUCAGGUGAGUUUUCCUAUUACGACUACAAGAAAAAUAAUUACGAAUACUACCAACAGACCACCGUCCCGAACUACAACCUAAAAAACGUCCACGUUCCCACAUAUUUAUUCCACGGGAGCCAUGACAAGCUAUCUACUCCAGAGGACGUGAAGUUCAUCGUUGAGAACCUGCCCAACUUGAAAAACGUGACCCUCCUCCAGGGCUACCAGCAUUUGGAUUUUGUCUGGGGCAUGGACGCCCAUGUCAGAGUUUACAAAACGCUCCUUCAGAUACUACAACAAUAAAGAGUGGCUGGCAUUUUUAAUUUUUUUUUUCUAGAGAUUUUUAAAUCAAGUUUGGUUGUCAAAAUUUGUCUUUACUAGAUACUACAACAAAAUGACUGACAGUUUGAAUUUGUUUGAAGAUUUUUAAAUCAAGUUGGGCUAUCUAAAUUUGUCUUU